CACCCGAUCUGCGACGCGUCUAGCGGACUCGCUCGGGCGGUUUGUAAAGGACGCCUCGGCUGUCAUGUGCGAGCGUUUCUUUUGUUCCCGGAGCUGUCCCCGUUCGGCUGCGUGUCUUACUGAUCUCGAGUAGCUUGUAAUCUCAUCAGUGUCAAACCUCAGCUCCCGUCCGACUGCAAAAAAGGAACGUCCACUUACUACCAGAGAGACAUACUGGUGCUGUGCGGGAUUUUCCUACCUCUGGACAGAACGGGUUGCCCUCACCUGCGCAACUUUUUUUAAAAAAAAUUAUUAUUAUUCUACUCAUUUGUGUAUUUUUACUGUUACAAGUAUUAGUACGCGGCACAUUCACCGACUCUGGACUAGUUAUGCCAUUUUAAACUUUGAGAACUUGGCAAGUCAUGGGCAACAUAAGAAACGCAAUAUUAGUUUCGCUGGUUAUAAUUUGUGUGGUGGAACUUUCUGUCUGUGUAAGGAGGACCAAUGUGAGAAAAUCAGAGCGCCUCAGUCCGCCCCUGGACAUCCAGCUGGAGACAGUGAACUGCACGGCCUUCAGUGUCCGGUGGCGCAUGCCCCGCCGCCACGUCAGCACCAUCACUGGGUACAAGAUAUUCUACACAGAGGUGAGGAACGGUCGACCAGCAAGCACAGCAGUGACAUUGGAUGUGCCCCUCAGUCUGGACAGUCUGACCACUGGGCAGGUGGAUGGACAAGCAAGCUUUGAUGUGGAGAUUGGGAACCUGAGGGUGGCCACCCAGUACCGGGUCAGUGUUGGAGCGUAUGGGUGGGCGGGUGAGGGGCGACCCAGCAUGCCACGGGACGUCAGCACCGCCCCACACGAAAUGUGCAUGCCCCCAUCUCCCCCGACACAGCCUGGGGUGAAAGUGGUUUCGGACACAGAACUCGCAUUGUCGUGGAAACAGGGGGAGAGUGAGGGAAGUUCACAGAUUCUGCACUUCUUGGUGGCUUACAUAAGGCCAGAGCUGGACACAGAGUGGACCUACAUCAGGGAACCAAUUGAGACAAACUCCAUGGUACUGAAAGGUCUGAUCCCGGACACAGAAUACCAGUUUGUGGUUCGAGCUGUUAAUGUCCACGGAGUGAGCCCACCCAGUGCCAUCAACAACCCCGUCCGGACCCUCAGUGAUUUCCGAACAUGUGUGUGGGAGGGCCACAAUUUCCAAUACCUGGUGAACCAGCACAGACACAGAAUGAAAGGUGCCGAGGAGGCUGGGAGUGGAAACUACGGCCAGCGCUACAUCACAGGCUCUAAGAUCUAUGAUGACGACAGCUUUGAUGUAGAUGACUCUGACUAUGACAUCUACAUUGAGGAGCUCAAGCCAUUUCCUGCCAUCACAGAAAACAGGAAAUCACAGCUGAGGUCCCAGACAGGGAAAGGAAACACAAUAAUAUACAGGAGGACCACAGCCGCUCCAAACACCACUGCUACCAGGACCACACCCGUCCGGCAGGGCACCACCACAGCUACGUCCUACGCCUUCUACACCACCACUGUGGCCUACAGCAUGAUCUCCUCCCCCUCAGCCCCCCCCACCACUACCGCCGCGGCCUCCAGCACCACCUCCACCCCCACCACCACCACGCCUCCCACACAGGCCCCCACCCCCUCCAGGCCCAUGACGCAGUGGAGGGGGCCCAUGCCACGCCUUUACGACCUGCCCUGCGAGGAUACGGUGUGCCCCCCUGACAGCUUCUGCAUCAAUGACUAUGACAGCGGGGGGUCACGGUGCCACUGUGGCCUGGGCCGAAGAGGGGACACCUGCGCUGAGGGUGUGUCCGUACAGUACCCACAGUUCUAUGGUUUCUCCCACAUGACCUUUGAACCACUAAAGAACUCCUACCAGACUUUUCAGAUCACCAUUGAAUUCAAGGCGGUGGCUGACGACGGGCUGCUGCUGUACUGUGGUGAGAAUGAACACGCCCGUGGGGACUUCAUCUCUCUGGCGCUCGUCCGCCGCAAGCUGCACUACAGGUUUAACUGUGGCACAGGGGCGGCCCAGAUCAUGAGUGACAGCCGGGUGGUGCUGGGACAGUGGCACACCGUCACCGUUUACAGGGAUGGCCUGAGCGGCUGGCUGAGGCUUGACAACGACACGCCUGUCUCCGGCCGCUCACUGGGACAGUACACCAAGAUCACCUUCCGCACCCCGUUCUUUGUCGGGGGCUCCCCCAGCGCGUACUGGCUGGCGAGGGUGGCCGGGACCAACCGGGGCUUCCAGGGGUGCGUCCAGAGCCUCAACGUCAACGGCAGAGUCAUCGAUAUGAGGCCCUGGCCCAGGGGCCAGGCGCUGAGUGGAGCCGACAUCGGUGAGUGCAGUGACAACAUUUGUGGAGAUGUCACCUGUGCCAAUGGAGGGAUGUGCUUUGCUAACCGGGCGGACGGGUUCAUCUGUCUGUGCCCACUCGGCUUCAGAGGCCCACUCUGCCAAGAGAGUUUUCUGUUAUCUCUGCCGAGCUUCAACGAGACGCGCAUGUCGUACACCAGCGCCCCCUGGCCACAGUCUUCCAAGCAGUAUUUGUCCUUCAUGGAGUUUGAGAUAACCUUCCAGCCAGCGCUGUCCGAUGGCACUCUGCUGUACAGUGAGGACACGGGGAGCAGAGAUUUCCUGUCAAUUACACUGGUGGGCGGGUACCUGGAGUUCCGCUUCGACUGCGGCUCAGGGGCAGCUGUUAUCAGGAGCGAGGAGCCCAUUGAAAUGGACACAUGGCACGAGCUGCGGGUCUCCCGCACUGCCAAAAACGGCAUCCUGCAGGUGGACAGCCAGAGGCCCACGGAGGGCAUGGCAGAGGGGGCUUUCACUCAGAUCAAGUGUAGCACCCCCCUCUACAUUGGCGGGGUCCCAGACUACGACAACACCAAGAGCAGCGCAGGUGUUCUGCGCCCCUUCAGUGGCAACAUUCAGAAGGUCCUCCUGAACGACCGCACCAUCCAGCUGACGGCGGACACGGCGCAAGGGGUGAACGUGGAGAACUCCCUGCACCCCUGUGUGGCCCAGCCCUGCGCCAAUGGCGGGACGUGCCGACCCAAGUGGGAUGAGUACGAGUGUGACUGCCCGCUGGGCUACGACGGCAGGCACUGCCAGAAAGAGUGUGGAAAUUAUUGCUUGAACACCGUUACAGAGGCCAUUGAAAUUCCACAGUUCAUCGGCCGUAGCUAUCUCACCUAUGAUAACAGGGACAUUCUCAAAAGGGUCACAGGCUCCAGGACGAAUGUGUUCAUGCGCUUUAAGAGCACAGCAAAGGAUGGCCUGUUAUUGUGGAGAGGGGACAGCCCCAUGAGGCCCAACAGCGACUUCCUGUCUCUGGGGCUGCAGGAUGGUGCUCUCAUCUUCAGCUACAACCUGGGUAGUGGUGUUGGCACUGUGAUGGUCAACGGCACCUUUAGUGAUGGAAGAUGGCACCGGGUCAAGGCUGUCAGGGAUGGCCAGUCUGGGAAGCUGACAGUGGAUGACUAUGGGGCCAAGACCAGUAAAUCACCAGGGAAAAUGAGGCAGCUAAACACCAAUGGUGUCCUGUAUGUCGGGGGAAUGAAGGAGAUUGUGCUGUACACAAACCGGCAGUACAUGCGAGGUCUGGUCGGCUGCAUCUCCCAUUUCACCCUCUCCACAGACUACCACAUCGCCCUGGUGGAGGAUGCCGCUGACGGCAAGAACAUUAACACUUGCAACAACUAAAAGCUGCAGUACCCUUGUUUCCAGGGGGACUCUGUUAGCAGCAGGACCACUAACACAAGGACCACAUAAAAGGAGCGCUGUGUGACUGGAGAACUUGAUGGCACUUCUUGGGGGAAAAACGAAGGGUCACAUCUCCAUUUCCUGAAGGACAAUGUUUUGGGAUUAUCCUAAAUGAUUUAAAUUGUACUUAUUUAUUUUUUGUACAUCCUGAUCAGAUUAUUUAAACCCUCAAUGUUUAGUAAUUUGGGGUGUGUUUUAUAA